GGGGGAAGGUGACGGGAGCCAGCCGCCCGCCGCGCCGCCGCCGACACCGCACAAGAAGAUGAAGAAGCGGAAGGAGCUGAACGCUCUCAUCGGCCUGGCCGCCGACGGCCGCAGGAAGAAGCCCGCCAAGAAGGGCUCGGGCCACCGGUUGCUGCGCACCGAGCCGCCCGCUUCCGACUCCGAAUCCAGCUCCGAGGAGGACGAGUUCGCGGCGCCGGGGGUGCGGGGCCGCUGCGGGAAGGGAGACUAUCUGCGAUGCUGCAGAUUCUGUUACCCGCUCUGUGCGUUCGUCAUCCUGGCCGCGUGCGUGGUGGCCUGUGUUGGCUUAGUCUGGAUGCAGGUGGCUCUCAAGGAGGAUCUGGAUGCAAUAAAGGAGAAGUUUCGAACUAUGGAAUCUAAUCAAAAGACAUCAUUCCAAGAAAUUCCUAAGCUGAAUGAAGAUUUGGUGCAGAAGCAAAAGCAACUAGAACAAAUUGAGACUGGAGAACUUGGGCUAAAUAAAAUUUGGAUAAAUAUCACAGAGAUUAAUAAACAGAUCUCACUAUUGACCUCAACAGUAAAUCAUCUCAAGACUAACAUAAAGUCUUCUGCUGAUCUGAUUGGUCUUCCUGUCACAGUAGAGAAACUUCAGAAGACUGUAGCAAACAUAGGUAGCACUCUUACAAGUGUUUCUCAUGAUGUUGAAAACAUACAGACAGCUAUUGAAGAAUACAAGAAAUCCAUAGAAAUACUCCAGAAUGAUGUGAAGGAAUUAAAACAGAUACCUUCACUUCCCUCCACUGCUGUGCCAAGGACUGAGAGAAAUCAGACAGAAAAUUACAAACAGGAAAGCCAGUUACUGCGUGCAGCUUUGGAAGGGCUAAAUAAUACUGUAGUGAUGUACCAAAAGUUGAAUGACAUCAAGCUUCUAAAUGUGGAUUCAGCCAUUGGUAACCUUAGCCAGAGGGUUGUGCUGUUAGAAAACUCUCCCCUUGCUGUGAAUAAUCUGGACAAAGGAGAAAAUUUAUCUACCAGUGUGGGGAAUGAUGCAACUACCUCUCUAAAAGUGGAAGAUGAAGAGCAGCUAGAUAAUGAAACUCGUUCAAAUAAAGAACUAAAGGAAACAGGAACUAGAGGUUCUCAGGUAUCAAUGCUAAAAGAGAAGCUUCAGCAGAUUAGUUCUCUGGCAGGCAAGCUAGAAAAUGACAGACCCACUGAGACAUCAAAGAAUGUUGAAAGUAGCCUGAGUACUACAGUGAAGCCCACAGACCUUUCAAGGCUGGCUUUAAGGUCAGCUGAUGACAACACAGAAGGUAACAGAGAGCUGAGACAUCUGACCUUACCAGGAAUUUCCAGCACUGAAGAUCUUCAGAAUUUGUUUGAAAAAGCAACUGAAGAUGCUGAUGGAAAACUGUCACAUGAAGAUCUUCAAAAGCUACUUGGCUCUGCAGCUCAAGAGGCACAGAGCUUUAAGAAAUUUGACACAGAUGGAGAUGAGAAAUACUCUUUACAAGAACUGAGAUUAGCUUUAGGUGUAUAAGAUAUAUAUUUAGAAAUUGGACAUUGAUGGAUGCUACUGUAGCUAAAGGAAACUACGGGACAUGGAAAACUACGUCUGCACUUUCCCAGUGUUUUACUGAUCUUUGGAGAUAAAUUACUGUACACAUUGCCACCUCUUUUUUGGUUUUUGUUUUUUUUUUUUCUUUUAAUUUGCAAUUACUGAAAAGAAGUUUUCAAAUACAUAUGUCAGUAGGACAUAAUAUUGGGACUGUGUUAAAAUCCAGAAAAUUCCCAAACUUGGAGAUGUUUUCCUUAUUCUUUCCUUUUCAAAGGAGUUCUUGUUUUUAAUUUAAAAUGUGUACAUACUAAAAUAAAACUAUGGUUUUAUAUUCA